CCUGCACUGACGGCCCAUGGCGCCGCCCGCCGCCCGCCUCGCGCUGCUCUCCGCCGCUGCGCUCACUCUGGCGGCCCGGCCCGCACCCGGUCCCCGCCCCAGCCCCGAGUGUUUCACAGCCAAUGGUGCGGAUUAUAGAGGAACACAGAGCUGGACAGCACUGCAAGGUGGCAAGCCAUGUCUGUUCUGGAACGAGACUUUCCAGCAUCCAUACAACACGCUGAAAUACCCCAACGGGGAAGGAGGGCUGGGUGAGCAUAACUAUUGCAGAAAUCCAGAUGGAGAUGUGAGCCCUUGGUGCUACGUGGCAGAGCAUGAGGAUGGCGUCUACUGGAAGUACUGUGAAAUUCCUGCGUGCCAGAUGCCUGGAAACCUUGGCUGCUACAAGGAUCAUGGAAACCCACCUCCUCUCACGGGUACCAGUAAGACGUCCAACAAGCUCACCAUACAAACCUGUAUCAGCUUUUGUCGGAGUCAGAGAUUCAAGUUUGCUGGGAUGGAGUCAGGCUAUGCCUGCUUCUGUGGAAAUAAUCCUGACUACUGGAAGCACGGGGAGGCAGCCAGCACCGAGUGCAAUAGUGUCUGCUUCGGGGACCACACGCAGCCCUGCGGUGGGGACGGCAGGAUUAUCCUCUUUGACACUCUCGUGGGCGCCUGCGGUGGGAACUACUCCUCCAUGGCAGCUGUGGUCUACUCUCCUGACUUCCCUGACACCUACGCCACUGGGAGGGUCUGCUACUGGACUAUCCGGGUUCCGGGAGCCUCGCGCAUCCAUUUCAACUUCACGAUAUUCGAUAUCAGGGAUUCUGCAGACAUGGUGGAGCUGCUGGACGGCUACACCCACCGCGUCCUGGUCCGCCUCGACGGCAGAAGCCGCCCACCUCUGUCCUUCAAUGUCUCUCUGGACUUCGUCAUUUUGUAUUUCUUCUCUGAUCGCAUCAACCAGGCCCAGGGAUUUGCUGUCUUGUACCAAGCCACCAAGGAAGAACCUCCCCAGGAGAGGCCUGCUAUCAACCAGACCCUGGCAGAGGUGAUCACGGAGCAAGCCAACCUCAGUGUCAGCGCUGCCCACUCUUCCAAAGUCCUCUAUGUCAUCACCUCCAGCCCCAGCCACCCACCGCAGACCGUCCCAGGUAGCCAUUCCUGGGUACCAUCAGUUGGGGCCAGCGGCCACAGAGUGGAAGGAUGGACCGUGUACGGCCUGGCCACCCUCCUCAUCCUCACAGUCACAGCGGUUGUGGCAAAGAUCCUUCUGCACGUGACAUUUAAAUCUCAUCGAGUUACUGCUUCAGGAGACCUUAGGGACUGUCGCCAGCCUGGGACUUCUGGGGAGAUCUGGACCAUUUUCUACGAACCCUCCACUACAAUCUCUAUCUUUAAGAAGAAGCUCAAGGGUCAGAGUCAACAAGAUGACCGUAACCCCCUCGUGAGUGACUGAAGCCUGGCCACACCUGGAUGGGAGGCUCCACUCCAAGCUCCAGCUUGCUGGGACCCCUCCCCCUGAGGUUUCCUCAGAACUCCCUGCCCCUCCAUUCACCUCCAUCUCUUAUGGGGGCACCCUGUUGCCGAGGCAGCACAGCCUGGGGUCCUCCAUCACCUUCUCUACCCUGGCUGCCCUGCAUCUCUGUCCCCACCGAGGAUGCUAAGACUGGGGCUGGGCUGACAGGACGCAGCUGGGCCUGGUUCUCGAAGACUCCUGGGUGUCGGGUAGGCGUAGUGUAUGAUGAGUUUUCUUGCUUCUUCUCUAUUUGUCUGCAUACAGAUCAGUUCCCCCUGGUCCUUACAGUUUGGAGCAGAGCCAGACUAAAAGACUUCUCAGGUUUUCUUAAAGGCCGACCUGGUUCCCCUCCAAGUUUGUUCUCACAAGGGAUAGCACCCUGGAUUAGAGCUUUCUCUGGUGCCGAUUAAGGUAUGUCGUCUAGUCUGAGAGGACUGAGAACAGGGCCACACCAGGUUUCUUCUUCCUAGAGGGGUCUUUUCAAUACCCAAUGUCGUAUGGGGCAAGCCUGAUCCAUGGGACAGACACAGUGAACUUCUUGUGUACUAGACUUAACUAGCCUGGCCCUUAAGCAGUUCCCAAUCCUGUGGAAUCUGAAUUCAGCCUGUCUUCCUCCUUCAGUCAGGAGUUUGAGGACUAGCACAGAGCGGGCCGUAGAGCAGUGGUAGGGAGCUUGCCUUGCAUCCUUCAGGCUGGCUCUAGCCCAGUGCUGCCAGAAAGGGGGUAGAGAAAGGACGGCAGCAUAGCAUGCGGGGAGCAUCUAUGGCUCCUACACAAGGCUUUAAAAGAAGGUCAAAACUACCAAGAGCUUUGUCCUUUGCCCCUUCAUGGGGACAGAGUAGUUAGAAGUAAGGGCUCUUGUCGUGCCCAUUUUCCCUUAGACAGGGAGGCAGACUACAGCAUUGGCAGGAAAAGGCCAGGCCUGGGAACUGGAGAUCUCCCAGGAGAGGUUAAAAGAUUGAGAGCCCCAGCUGCAGUCUGAGGGGAAGGGCCAUCCCUGACCGCAAAGUCCUGCAGUCUGGAGUGGCCUUUGUCAGCGCAGCUGAGAAAAACAGCCUGUGCCCUGAAGGUGGACCUUGGUCACUCUCCUGCCAGCCCUGAGCCUCUGCUCUCCUGGGUGUCCUCCUAGAACACUAUGCUCACCUUCCCUGAGUCUCUCAGCCACUGCCACUGAGGUCUUUCGUAGGGUGUGGGCAUCUCAUUUCAGCUAUGCCCCCCAGGACUAUAUGGACAGCAUCUGGGAAGCAUCCUCAAGGAGAGGCAGCCGAGUGCAGACAAGGCAGUGACCAGAGCUGAUGGGUAGAGAGGCAACCAGAGGAGGAACAUUGGUCUCUACAGUGGGCUGAGAGGCUGGCCCAGCUCCUAUGGGAGGCCUGCAGGGGUACAGAGCUACUGGGCUUCGUCAUCUCACUUUGAUCUGGGAAAGGCUGCAGGCUCCUGGCUGUGAGGACCACUGGAAAUUGAGUGACAGGAACAGGUUCCACUCCACAGCAUUUGCAGGCUUUCCCCUGAGAACAAGCGUUGAGUCACAGAGCACCAUGUGCAUAGUACAGAAAGGACGAGGGCUCUUUCCCAGGGAAGGCUCACUGGCCAGGACGUGCUCAGCUCAGAUCCCUGGCCCCAGGCUUCCUCUAGGCCACCUCUCGCCUGCCUCUGCAUACCUCGGAGGCAGGAAGCCAAGGCCCAGUGUGGUGGCAGCUGCAGCCCAGGAGCCCUGCGGUGUCCCCAGGAAGGGCAGUGGAUGUGCCCACGCUCCUCCAACAGCAGCAGGGGACAGUGGGAAGGGCUGUAAAUCACCCAGGCCAGACCCAGAAAUGACAGCCAGGGUCUGUUAGAACCUGUAGGUGGCUGGUCACAGAGGGCCUUUGUGCUGGUAAACACCCAGCC